GGCCGCUCAAAAUAAGAGAAGCCGCGCCAGCUGUUCUUUUCCCCUACUUCCUAUCCUCGACCGGGCCGGACUUCUUAUCUGUCCUUCAUUGUCGCUCCCGAUCAGUUAAUUAAUCGAUCAAUCAAUCAAUUGUAUUGUCCUCGUCUGCACUCGACUCUCGCGUGUCCCGGUCUUUCUCUCGUUACUUCCCCGCCGCGACUCUUGCAGUAAACGACACGGUGCAUCCACCGGAACCACAUCGUCAACAAUACCUAAUCACCAACUACACACGUCGCAAUCAUGAAGGCGCUCAUUCUUGUCGGAGGGUUUGGUACCCGUCUGCGCCCUCUUACCUUGACGCUCCCUAAGCCCCUGGUGGAGUUUGGCAACCGGCCCAUGAUCCUCCAUCAGGUGGAGAGCCUGGCUGCUGCAGGUGUCACUGACAUCGUGCUGGCCGUGAACUACCGCCCGGAUGUGAUGGUUUCGACGCUCAAGAAGUAUGAGGAACAAUACAACGUCAACAUCGAGUUCUCCGUGGAGUCGGAACCCCUGGGAACGGCCGGUCCCCUGAAGCUGGCCGAGAAGAUCCUGGGCAAGGACGACUCGCCAUUCUUCGUUCUGAACUCCGAUGUCAUCUGUGAAUACCCAUUCCAGGAGCUGGCAGCCUUCCACAAGAGUCACGGUGAUGAAGGUACCAUCGUGGUGACCAAAGUGGAGGAGCCCUCCAAGUACGGUGUCGUCGUCCACAAGCCGAACCAUCCCUCGCGCAUCGACCGCUUCGUCGAGAAACCCGUCGAGUUCGUGGGAAACCGCAUCAACGCCGGUAUCUACAUUCUCAACCCCAGCGUCUUGAAGCGCAUUGAUCUCCGUCCCACCUCCAUCGAGCAGGAGACUUUCCCCGCCAUCUGCAAGGACGGCCAGCUCCACUCUUUCGACCUGGAGGGUUUCUGGAUGGAUGUCGGGCAGCCUAAGGACUUCCUCAGCGGCACUUGCCUCUACCUGAGCUCGCUGGCGAAGCGCAACCCCCAGCUUCUUUGCCCGAGCACUGAGCCCUACGUCUUUGGCGGUAAUGUCAUGGUUGACCCGACCGCCAAGAUUGGCAAGAACUGCCGUAUUGGACCUAAUGUGGUCAUCGGUCCCAAUGUCGUCGUGGGCGAUGGUGUCCGCCUCCAGCGGUGCGUCCUGCUCGAGAACAGCAAGGUCAAGGACCACGCUUGGGUAAAGUCAACCAUUGUCGGUUGGAACAGCUCUGUUGGCAGAUGGGCCCGUCUGGAGAACGUGACUGUUCUCGGAGACGAUGUCACCAUUGGCGACGAAGUGUACGUGAAUGGAGGCUCCAUCCUGCCGCACAAGAGCAUCAAGCAGAACAUUGAUGUUCCUGCUAUUAUCAUGUAAUUGACGUUGCCAUGCCGCCAUUCUCCUCUUCUCUCGUCGCCUCUUCGCUACCUUUAAAAAAAACAACACACUUUUGCAUGGAAUGGAGUCCUUGUUGUGUGAUUCAUCUAUGCUCUAUUGGGGUCGAGGCGAUUUCCUUUAUACUCUCCAGGGCAAGACAGCGUCUGAUCUGCUGAUAGAAUCGUUCGCUGUCAUCGCAUACUUUA